CGAGGGGCGCGUGCGCGGGGACGGCGCGAGAGUUUGCCUGGUGCUGCUCCGUCAUCGAUCGCGGCUGCUGCACCAGCAGCAUCAGGUCCCCGAGCCCAGCAGCAGCAGCAACAGCUUAAGCUCCGUGCCAAAACAACAACAACACCAUCAUCGUCAUGGCCAAGAAACUGGAGACCGUCGCGGCCAUGGCCUGCAUGACGGUGUUUCUCAUGCUCUUCAAUCUAGUCUUCAUCUGCUCGGGUCUGGCGAUGCUCUGCGUCGGUAUUUACAUGAGGAUGGAGCUCCAGAGUUACGCGAAUCUCGGGAUCGAGAGCAGCGGCGCCGCCCUCCUGGCCCUCUCCUCCCUGGGCGCCCUAGUCACUCUCGUCGGGGUCCUCGCCUGCUGCUGCACGACCAGACAGCAUCCGGCACUCCUCUACCUGUACGGAGCCUUUCUGGCGAUGGUUGCGCUGCUCGAGCUGGCAGCCGGCGCCUCCAUGUACUCGUAUCGCACGAGCCUGAUCGAGGGCUUCGACCGGGGCCUGAACGAAACCCUCGCGGCCUACGGCACCGACAAAUCCAAGAACUUGCACGUCGACACGAUGCAAAGCACGCUGCACUGCUGCGGUAACCGCGCCUACACCGACUGGCUGAACAUGUCGCCGCCCAAGGCCGUGCCGAGCUCGUGCUGCAGCGUCCAGCCGGGCGAGUGCGAUACGAACAGCGCCGAGGACCUCUACACCGAGGGCUGCUACAGCCGCGUGAUGAACUUUGCGCGGGACAACGUGGGCCUCGUGGCCGGAGGCGCCCUCGGACUGGCCGUCUUCCCUAUGGCAGGUGUCUUCCUGGCCUGCUGUCUCGCCAGUUACAUCAACAAGGUCAACUACGAGCAAAUAGCUUAGACUUAGGGGCGGGCCUGCAACGAGAGGCGGCCAAAACCACAUCAGCAUCAUCAGCAGCAACCACCACCACACGCCGAGUGUUUCAGGAGCGAUCGGUGUCGGCAGCCCCCGCAGCAGCACUACACGUACCAGGCUUGCUGCACGGCCGGACCACCGCUACCUAGACGGCCCGCCUCGGCCCAGCUGCUACGGCCGGGCUCUGCUUCCUCGCGCUCGCGCUCACCGGCCACCCGCAGCGAGCACCGGCUCUCCCCGGCCGAGCGCGCCGAACUCGUCCUCGACCUGCGCCGCCUCAAGCUCAACAAACCGCCCCAGGCCAGUUACUGAGCGCCACCCUUCAUUUCUUCCUUCCUUCCUUCCUUACCUUCUCUCCUGACGAUGAUGAUGAUGAUGAUGAUGAUGAUCUUCUUUUCCAUCCUGCGAGCAUCUCUUGAUGAUUCGAUAAUCAAUCAUUUUGUUCGAUUUUACGCAGCUGAUGGACUUUUACACGUGAUUUACACAAUACACGUUGAUUCUUCACUGUGCCAUGGAAAAGCGUUACGUCACGGAUUAUUCGGGAUAAGAUGGGUAGAGACGAAAUCGUGAUUCGAUAUUAUGAAAAAUAAACAAUAGUUUCGCCAAAACUGUGGCCAAAAUCUAAACGUCUUUUUCUAUAUACAGUAAACAAAAAAAAAC